GUACGGAUCUGUCUACGUAAAUAAUUCUAUAAAUUUCAAUCAGUUCUUAUCGAUGUCGAUCAAUUUUCAAAACACCAAUCGAUUAAACGUUUUAGCGAAUUUUUUUUCGGGCAAUGUUUUACCCAUAACUUCAGACGGAUCUGAAUUAUCCUUACUUUCCGAAUUAUAUGCCAUUUUUACUUGGAUAAUAGUAUUAAUAUAUACAAGUGGUUGCGUCAUUGGAAUAUUUCGUGUGUCCAAAGAAUAUGCCUUGAAAGAAUCUACAGUGAAUUUAAUAAUCAUCCUUGAGAUUUUCUUUAAUCUUUUUCAUAUGUACCGCCAAAGGAAUCUUUUGAAACGAUUGAUCGAGAAUUACAAUUUUUUAUUUUCUAUCGAUAAUGAUUUAUUAAAAACCAUUAUUGUAACUUACGUUGGACCCGUGGAAAAAAUGUUGAAAUUUUAUACGAUUACCGAAGUCUCUACGGUUGUACUUUGGGUCUCAACGGCAUUUAUAACGUUCUUUCAAAAAGAAGAAUUCGUACAUGAGGAUUACGUUCUACCAAUUAGUUUCUCCGAGGAAUCUAUCUCACGUAAUAUUUAUAUCAUUAAUGUUAUCAUUGAAAUAUUCGGAUCUUUUUAUGUGAUUUUGAAAAAGGUCAGUACUGAUAUAUACACUUUGCAUUUAAUACUAUUGUUAACAUCGCAAUACAAGUAUAUGAGAAUAAAAUUCGGGAUGAUAUUUCGAAGAAAAGAUAAUUCUUUAAAAUUGAAUUAUCUAAGUGAUCAUGUUAUCAAGAAAGAACUUGAUUCGUUGUUCCAUCAUCAUUCCGUCGUUGUCCGAGCCACGAUCAUGCUGAAAGAAAUACUCUCGUUCAACGUUUGCGUCAUUCAUUUGGACAGCGUCUUUCGAUUUUGUUUUUUAAGCUUCAUGUUUGCCACGAACAUGAGAAUGAACAUAGAAGGAUUCAUAAUAAUAUCGUAUAGCAUUGCUGCUGUUUUACAAUUGUACAUGAUAUGUUUCUAUGUACAAGAACUUUUCGAAGCGGGUACAAAAUUGACGGACGACGCUUUUAACGAAGAAUGGUAUUCCUGCGAAUUAUCGGUGAAGAAAAAUUUCCAAAUAAUGAUACACGCGAAUAAGUUGAAGUGCCAGCUAUCUCCAUGUCAAAGCGUCGACUUGUCCUUACCAUCUUUCAUGCAGAUUAUGAAUCAAGCCUACUCCGUGUGUCUGCUCUUUUUGAAGAUGAAAUAAAACCGGUUUGAAGGUGGAAGAAAUGUUGGGCCCUCCGCAAAAAAAUAUCUCUCUUUGGGAGAAUUUCAUUUUGAUGAACGUGCACGUGCUAUUUCAUCGAAACCAAUUGUAAAUAGGAUCGAUAAGAAAUUAAACGUAUCGAUGUAUCUUUUCCCUCAUAGUUGUGAAUUUCUUUAAAGUUUAAAAAUUGAUUUCUAUAAAAAUAGUCAUGAACAUUGAUAAUUACCUUUUGU